AAUGGUUUACAAUAUGAAGAUAUCGUUGUUGGUACUGGUGUUUCACCAAAAGCCGGUAAAAAGGUUGGUGUCAAAUAUAUUGGUAAACUUACCAAUGGUAAAACUUUUGAUUCAUCACUUAGAUCUCCAUUCGAUUUCCGUAUUGGUGUUAGAGAAGUUAUCUCUGGUUGGGAUAUUGGUGUCAUGGGUAUGAAAGUUGGUGGUAAGAGACGUUUAAUCAUUCCAUCAAACUUAGCAUACGGUGGUCAAUCAUUACCAGGUAUUCCAGCUAACUCAACCUUAAUUUUCGAUGUUGAACUUAUC